UUAUCCGAGUUUGGGGUUUCUCCACAUCAAAUUCAGCUAUAACUGCAAUCUCAAUUCAAAUAAUUGUAGUGCUACGUUAAAACAACCCUGCAAAACCAAAACUGCAGGCCUCUGCGCCAAUUUCGCAUCUUUUUAACUAUAAUCCAAACUCACUUUUUCCCUUACUGUCACAUUUCCUACAUGAACAUCAACAACUCUUCCAUAAAAAUCACUUUCAGUUAUUGACUUUCUUCAUCAUACUGAUUUAUGUUACCAUCUCUCUCUCUUAGUCCCAGAAAGGUUGAAUUUUUUUGCUGGUAGUUGGCCCUACUUCUGCCUACUUAUCUUCUCUUAUAAUCAUUGAACAAUCUCAAAGCUGGAGCCUUGACUUUUAUUUUACUCUGAGACACUGAAAGAGAGAGGCCAUCAAGAUUCUUGAUGCUGCAAAGUCCCUCUCGAGCAAGAAAAAUCAAAACUUGAUGAAUUUGUUGCUGUGAUUGAGAUGAGUGUGAGGCAAAAGAGUGGGAUAGGUAGAAGCAGUGGUGUUGUGGUUGUUGUUGUUAGGGCUGCUAAGGAAAUUUCAAGAACUGCUUUAACCUGGGCUUUGACAAAUGUAGUGCAACCAGGGGACUGUGUUAGGCUCCUCGUCGUCAUUCCAAUUCAUACCCCAAGUAAAAGACUAUGGGGAUUCCCAAAUUUUCAUAGUGAUUGCGCCACCAGAUAUUGGAGAUUCAUGUCGGGAACUAUUCUAGAACAGAAGGAGUAUAUUACAGGCAUAUGCAACCAGAUGAUGCAGCAGUUACACCAUAUCUAUGAUCCUGAAAAGGUAACGGUGAAGAUGAAAGUCGUUUUUGAAUCCAAAGAUGGAGUAGUGGCUGCUGAGGCAAAGAGAACUCAAGCACAUUGGGUUGUAUUGGACAAGAGAAUGGAGAAAGAAGCUAGCUCUUGCACUGAUCAGCUCGACUGCAACGUUGUACUUGUUAAGAACUCGGAGACAAAGGUCCUUCGAUUGAACUUGAUUGAGCAAAGAAGGGUGCAACCUGAGAUGCUUAGCCAUUCAAAAUCAACUAAGAAACGUUGCUUUAAGGUCCCAAACGUGACUCCAACGAGCAGCCCUGAUAGGCUCUCCUCGAUGUCAAGCUUAGACAUGUUUGCCUCUCCAUCAUUCAUGUCCGACAUUGAUUGGGAGCCAAAGGUGAAGCAGGCUUCACCAUUAAUGCUAGGGGAGUACUGUUAUGAUGAUGGAUCUGAUUCUGAGUCAGACAGUGACAACCUCAGCUCUGUGUCGACAAGCAUAGGCUCCCAGCAAUGGAUGGAAGACAACCUUAGCUCAGCUGAUGAAGGUGGGAAGCUCUUGAAAGAAUGUCUGCAAAGAUCUAACAGCAAGGCUGUAAUGCGCCAACCUAGUGGCUCGAGGGAUGUGAAUGUGAGAGAGAUGAUAUCACUCGACAGGAAUGCACCUCCGGAUCCCCCUCCACUCUGCUCUGUGUGUCGCCACAAGUCACCAUCCGUUGGGAAACCUCCUAGGCUGUUCACAUAUGCAGAGCUGGAACGAGCCACGGGGGGGUUUCAGCAGGCAAACUUUUUGGCUGAGGGGGGAUAUGGCUCAGUGCACCGCGGUGUGUUGCCUGAUGGCCAGGUUAUAGCUGUGAAGCAGCAUAAGUUGGCUAGCAGUCAAGGCGACCGGGAGUUCUGCUCUGAGGUGCAGGCCUUGAGUUGUGCACAGCACCGGAAUGUUGUGAUGCUGAUCGGAUACUGCGUGGAGGAUAGGAGACGCCUGCUGGUUUACGAGUACAUCUGCAAUGGCUCUCUGGACUACCAUCUAUAUGGAAGGAAUAAAAUUCCACUGGAUUGGGGUGCACGCCAAAAAAUUGCAGUUGGAGCAGCUCGAGGGCUGAGGUACCUCCACGAGGAGUGUAGAGUUGGAUGCAUAGUCCAUCGCGAUUUGAGGCCGAACAACAUCCUGCUCACACAUGAUUUUGAGGCAUUGGUUGGAGACUUCGGACUAGCAAGGGUGCAGUCGGAUUCAAGUAGUGGAGAGAGUAGAAUAAUCGGAACAUUCGGAUACAUAGCUCCAGAAUAUGCUCAGACAGGGCAAGUCAGUGAAAAGGCCGACGUCUAUGCCUUUGGGGUGGUGUUGGUGGAGCUGCUCACUGGAAGGAAAGCUGUGGAUAUAUGCCGGCCUAAGGGCGAGCAGUGCCUUACAGAAUGGGCGCGUCCGCUGCUGGAAGACAAUGGCCUCGCCAAGCAUGUGGAUCCGUGGUUGAAGCAGUGCUACUCGGAGAGGGAGGUGGAGGGGAUGCUGCACUGCGCCUCGCUCUGCUUGCAACGAGACCCUCACUUGAGGCCUUCUAUGUCUCAGCUACUUAGGUUGUUGGAAGGUGACAUUUCAAUGGCAUAAAAUGUGUUGGAAUGAGGAUUUAUUGAUGAUUGAAGACAGAAAGAAGCUUAGUGUUAAAAUAGACUAUGAUCUAUGUUCAAAGGCCAUUUUCCUUUAUUUGAUUGGAAUUUGGUAAAUAGCCUUACAACUUUUUUUUUUAAUUAGAAUAUGGUUGAUUCUGUUGGUGCUUCUUCUAGGAGUGUUAGUGUAGGCUUUAAUAUGUAAAUUGUUUUUCUAGGAAUGACGUUGCCGCUACUCGUGAUGAGGUAUUUCUAUUUUUUAUUAAUUAUUUGAUGAAUUACUGAAAAA